AUGGCAGAAAAGAAGCAGACAAAGAAUGAAAGUUUCAGCUCUCUAGACGACAAUUGGGAAACCGACGUGAACAUACUGAGCAAUGAGCUCGCUGAACUUGACUCUGAAGACAAUAAGACCGAUGACUGGACACGCCUUCUUGGUGUCUCCAUCAAGCCAAAUCCUCUUGACGACUGGGACCAGCUAUACAAUCUUAAUAAUCAGUGCGCACUUCGAAACGAUUGCCGAAAACUUGCCAAUGAGUUGAAGAACAAGCGAAGUGUGCCUGAGCUUGAGUCGUUUCUGACGUUGUAUUGCAAGAAGCGGGGAAUGGAUUAUAUCAAGGAUAUUGGAUGGUUGAUGAUUCUCGAAAAAAUUCUUCUGCUCAACCUCCCAUCCGCCCACGAGUUCAACGUCUUCUUCGCCUUCACAACUAAGUACAUUCCGAAGGAUACUAGCCCAGAUGCACAAAUCUUUGACGUCUUUCGUCUCCUUCUUCAGUAUCAUGACCCACAAAUUAGUAAUCACUUGGAAGCGCUUCACUGCUCUCCAGCGAUGUACACUAAGAACUGGUUUUCAACGCUAUUCGCAUGCAGUUUAUCCACAGAGACGUGUCAUGAGUUGUGGAGAGUUUAUAUCGAGCAGGGCGACCCAUUCCUGGUUUUCCAUCUUGCCAUCGUCUUCCUCAUCAAUGCCAAAGAAGAAAUUCUUCAAGUGAAACGUGGAGAAAAAGCACAAGCAUGUCAAAUACUGGAGAAUAUGGCUUCUCAACUGAGCGUCGAGGAUGUCAAUGACUUUUUCCAACUCGCACUUCACUACUCGAGCCAGACACCAGAAUGCAUUCGCAAAGACUUUCACUAUAUCAUUUUCGGAGCCAAUUUUGACGAGGAGGUCAAGGAGAUGCAGAUGAAUAAGAUGUUGUGCUUGCCAAUUCCAGCUGUGGAUUUGACGGCGAAUGAUGAGAUCUCUAGCGGCAACGUCAACUUCUUUAUCGUCGAUUGCCGAUCAAACGCUGAUUUCGACUCUGGCCACUUUGUUUCAUCUUUCAAUUUGAAUUGCGUUUCUAUUGUGGACGAACCCGAAAAAUUCGAAAUCGCUUUGAAUAGUCUGGAAUGCUACAAGACGUCGCGGCGUGCCGAGGAUCACUAUCUCAUCUUGGGAUACGGUUCCGACGAGGGAGACAACUAUAUGAAUAUGCUAAUCGGGAUGUUCAUACAAAAAGGAAAACCUCAUGUCUCGUUUGUUCAGGGAGGAUACAAAAAGCUUCACGAUUGCAUCGGACAACACAACCGAUGGGAAUUAAUUGCGAUGCAUUCAGAAGAAAAGUGCGAGCUAUGCAGUCAUGAAAAAGUGGCUCCAAAAUGGGGAUUCUUCACAAAAAUGAAGUCGGCAGUGAGCAACACUUCUAACCGUAUGAAAGAGCGAGUUGAAGCUGUUGUCUUCCCAAUUGGAGAUGAAAAGAAGGGGAACGAAGCUGACCACGCUGAUUCCAAACAACGUCAUAACAAGAGAUAUCGCCAGCAAUCGGUUUUCACCAUUGACGAGAAUAGUGAUGAAGAGUUGACUCCUGGUGGAGCAGCUGUGGAUGAAAAUCCUAAAGAAGAAAUUCUCCUCUCUAAAGAAUUUACCGAAACCUUCGAGUGCCAAGAAGUCUUCCGUGAUGGAAGUAUCAAUGGACACAUUGCACUUACUCGGACUCACAUAUACGUUCUACACGAUGUUCCUGGUAAAAAGGGAUACGUAACCACUGAAGCUCGUCAUGCUCUCUCCACAGUGAUUGCUGUUACUAGUCGCCGAUCUGUUCCAGAGAUGCUCACAUUUAAAUUGGGUUACGAAAUGAAUGGAUCGUCUAAGAUCACUGCUGUACACAAAUUAUACGUUCCAAAAGCCGGUGAAUGCGCAAAGGCUGUGAAACUGGCAAUCUAUGCUCUCCGCCCACUUCCGGAAGCCACAACAUCAUAA